AUGCCUUCCACUUCAUCAUGUUAUAUUCUCUGUCGUUCGGUGUCUUCCGAUACUUUCAGCGGAGGAGUUGGGAAAAGUAGUCUUCUUCUGCGGUACACUGAAGACGAGUUUUCUGGAACCUAUAUAAGUACAAUUGGGGUUGAUUUCAAGGUACACACUGUUACAAUCGGGGAUCUCCGGGUGAAGCUGCAAAUCUGGGAUACAGCUGGUCAAGAUCGAUUCCGUACAAUCACAUCUACAUAUUAUCGAGGAGCACAUGGCAUCAUUAUUGUUUACGACGUGAACGAUGUACGAACAUUUUGCAACGUGGAACGAUGGGUUGCGGAAGUCGAUCGGUACGCGGACGAAACAGUGGCUCGGAUAUUGGUGGGUAAUAAAAAUGAGAAUCCGGAGAUGAAAACGGUUCGUACACAAGAUGCUCAGCGGUUGGCAGCCAGACAUUCCUGCCUAUUUAUGGAAACGUCCGCCAGGCAAAAUGAAAACGUCAGCCAGAUGUUUGAGAUGAUCACUCGAGAGGCACUCCGCCUCAAAAUGCUCGCAGUAAGCCAGAAAAGCCAAGUGCAACAAGAUUCGUUGAAACUUCGGCCUGUCUCUGAAGUGACGAGCCGAUCGAACUCUCGUUGCUGUGGCAAACAUGGAGGCUGAAUACCUGACCAUAGCUACCGCUCAUUCACCAAUGCGAUCUCAUCAAGCGCUUUUAUCGCUGACAAAUGAUUUACACACUAGUUGCCAUGAUAGCGGUUCACUGCUUUUGAUACCUCCAAUGUAUUUUGAUUCAUACCUUUUGGAAAUUUCUUUAUAUCUCAUACACUUGAUCCUCAUUCAAACCGAUUCUCACCUGUGCUCACUGUAACCAAACGAACAAACUCAUAUGUCUUUCCAAAUUUGAUUUGCUGUUCACAGUUACAUAUUUGGUAUUUUUAACCAGGUUUACACAAAACACCCGUUUGAUAAAAAACAUGUGCAAUAUGUCCUUGUUGAAUUUUUGUGUUCCCAUACGCAUUCACCUGGGCCUAACGCUG